AUGGCGCCCCCGGGGCGGGGCCGCACAGUACCGACGGUGGCCUCGAGGGGGCAAAAAGCUGCGGAGGCGCUUCUGGGGCGUGAUCGACACGCGAGGGUAAACGACGACGGCGUGACGUGGAAGGGGGAGAAGCGCGCACGCAGCCUUGAACCGAAACACUACUGUGGGGGGGGGAAACGUAACAAAAACUCUAUCACCCUCUGGCCCGUGUUAUACCACCCUAUUGACUGCUGUAGUGCUGUCUUUUCUGUCACUUCACAAUGGAUUCUUCAGUUCCAAGUUGAAGAAUACAAACCAGUUUGUAAGAUAGGAGAGGGAACGUUUUCUGAUGUCCUGAAGAUGUUGAGUCUUAGAGAUGGAAAGUACUAUGCAUGUAAAUGCAUGAAACAACAUUUUAAAAGUAUUGAACAAGUGAAUAAUCUGAGUGAAAUACAAGCCCUGAGGAGGUUGAGUCCACAUCCUAAUAUCCUUACGUUACAUGAAGUUGUUUUUGAUAAAAAAGCUGGCUGCCUUUCACUGAUAUGUGAACUUAUGGAUAUGAAUAUUUAUGAGCUGAUAAAAGGACGGAGAAAGCCAUUAUCUGAGAAAAAAAUAAAGAACUACAUGUACCAGUUAUGCAAAUCUCUUGAUCACAUACAUAGAAAUGGGAUAUUUCACAGAGAUGUGAAACCAGAAAACAUAUUAAUAAAGCAGAAUACCCUGAAGUUAGCAGAUUUUGGAUCUUGUAGGAUGAUACAUUCUAAGCAGCCAUACACAGAAUAUAUCUCCACACGCUGGUACCGAGCACCUGAAUGCUUGCUUACAAAUGGCUGCUAUAGCUACAAAAUGGAUGUAUGGAGUGCUGGCUGUGUUUUCUAUGAAAUCACAAGUUUUCAGCCUCUCUUUCCUGGAUCUAAUGAUCUAGACCACAUUUCAAAAAUCCAUGAUGUGAUAGGCACUCCUGCCAACAGAACUCUCAGCAAGUUCAAGCAGUCAACAAUUUUGAAUUUUCAUUUCCCUUUUAAAAAAGGAAAAGGGAUACCUCCUCCAGUGCACAGUUUAUCUGCUAGAGGAUUAACUCUCCUGUACGCAAUGAUAACAUACGAUCCUGAGGAGAGAACUGCUGCCCAUCAAGCAUUGCAGCAUCCUUAUUUUCAGGAGCUCUGGGCAGCUGAUACACAAGCGUUGGCCACGCACAAAAAAGUAAGAUUACUAGAAAAUACAGUAGGGCCAGUGCCUCUGCAUUUGUGGCAAAUUUCAAAGGGAAGUCAAGGAGAGCAUUCUCUUAGGAAAGCCCAGGAUAAAGCAAAACGUCAGCAUGGAUUUCCUUGUGGAGAGCUACCAAUGUUAAGACCCUCUGGAGCAGCUAACUUGCCUUCCCCUCCUACACCUACUUCGCAGUCAGUUUUUCCUGCAGCUAAGAAAAGUGGUGCAACCUCUGUGCUGCAGUCUGUUAGAUUUAUUGGAUCCAGUAUGGAGGUACAGAUUCUCACUUGCUCAUUAGAGUAUAACAAUAGGCUUUAUGGAGCAUAUUUUAAACUUCUGUUGUUUCUUCAACAGUCUGAGAAACAGAAGACCCUUAAGUCUUCCCUAAAACAUUACCACUUACCUGCUAUAGAACGAAGAGGAGAAGGUUACUGGCCAUUUUAAGGUAUUGAGAGUGUGAAGAAAAACAAGAGUAUGCAGUGAUCACUGUUAGAGAUCCAACAAGAACAACAAUGCCUUAUUUUGUGCUUUUCUGACAAUUGUCAGAAACCUCCCAGAGCUAUAAAGGGCUGCUCACCUAAUGCUUUGUGUUCUGCUACCGAAGAUGAUCGAUGUUUAAUUAAACACUCUGCAUUGGACUUUCUAAAUAUAUAUAUUUUUUCCUUUUAGAACCCGACAGAAGAAGGGAUUGGUUAAAAAUAACGAGAGGAUUUGAUGAGGUUCAGUAUUAGGAAUGGAACGUUGUCCACAGAAUACAGGGUUUCAUAUUAGAUAAUAAAUGACUGCUAACUUCUGGAAAGUAUUUACUUCCUGUAUUCAAUGACUUCAACCUCAAGCUUUACCGAGAACUUGCAGAUUAUACAAACAUAUGUUUGAUUUUGAUCAAGUCAGCAUAACUGGUCAACAUUUUUAUAUACCCACCAGUUAAAAGGGUAAGCAACUUUUUAUCUGAUUCAAGAGCAAACCAGCUAAGACUCUGCUCACAUACUUGUCUUAGCAGAGGAACUGCAGUCCAACAGUAGAUCAGAGAAAAGGGAGACUUAAACAGCAGAAUGCAACGGCACAGGUAGGUGCUGUUUCUCCUUUUAGUUGAAAGUCGUACUGAGGAAGGUCAUCUUCUUCCUACUUCUAAGUAGAAAAUAAUUCCUAACCACGAUUAUAUCAGAAGUGAGUGUGAAUACAUGAAGACACGGUGACCAGCUGAGUUAUACUGUCCUGCUGCUGACAGUCAUCUUUGUUUGUGAGAGGUUCAUACUGUUGAAACCAAACAGGUGGAGAGCUUGAGCGGUAAUAAGGCAAUCCAACAUUUGUUUGAAUUUCUAGCAUUGGUUUAUAUUAAAAAAAAUAAUAAAUUAAAAGGUGUGAUGCUGAGCUUAGGAAAAGGAAUGAAGGACUGCAGCUCUACAGGCAACAAAGUACAAACAGUAACCUCCAACAUUUUACAUUUUCUGCUCUGAGCUUAUCCGGUGGUUUGUGCUUUUUUUCCUCAAGAGCAGAUGGUGAAAAAAGGUUAUCCGACUUUGUAUAUCACAGCAAUUUUCUCUCACAUCAGUAUUUGAGGCUGUUGGCCUGUUAGAAUAAAGAAAAAGCAAUUCAGCAGAUUGCUUUUGCUAUGAAAAUUGGGUAUUUCAUAUGAAGCACCACUGUGGAAUGUUUUCUUCAUUUAUUUUAAGCUUUCAGGUGGAUCUUGCACAUUUGGGCACAUACAGUGUUUCAUGGACGUUUAUUUAAUAGCAAGUUCCUUACUAUUCUUCUGGAAACCAAAUAUAGUUCUCUGACUGUUGGACUGGUGGGCAAACCUGAGUUUUCCCACUUGCUUUCUAGUUAAAACACAUUCAACUUUAAAAUAUAAAUUGGCAAGCAAUCCUUCCAGCUAAAGUUCUGCAUUGAGACCAUCUCUUUCAUUAUUUAAUUUGCUUUAACCUACAGCUAUAUUUUCCUACCAUGUUAAGAGCUAUGCUUUUUAUAGAACUCGACAUUAUUUCCAGGUAAGUUGUUUUCUUCCUAAAAUCAGUUUUCCCAUAUUGAAGAAAGGAUGGGGGGUGGAAGGCUUCCAGAUGAUUGCCCAGUGGUAGAGAUACUGCAAAAAACCAGAAGCACACACGGACUCCUUCUUUGCUAUUCAACUAUGAUUUGUAGCAGGACGUGCUCUGCAAACAGGUAUGUAAGUAGCUGCUGUUAUUACCCUGAUGUUGGAUGCUAUGAUCCUUAUGGUACUGUUGUUGGUUUUUUUUUCCUACAGCUGGUAAACUACAAAAAGUCCUUUAAAGGCCUUUAUUACAUCUUUUCCUCAGCUGUUUCACUUUGACUCAAACAGUAUGAAGCACUCAUACAAAGAACUCUCCAGGGAGGUAACUGCAUUAGUUUUCAGUGACAAGGUUUAUCUGUAUUUUAACAGCUAAGCCCAAUACGUUAAUAAAACAGAACUUCUGAACAAUAAUGCUGCUCAGUUUCAGUAUUUUCCCCAUUCCUUCUAUUUUAGAAAACCCCAAGUAUAUAAGAGUUGUAAAGUACAGUUCUGUCUUUAAAUGAUGUAGACAAUCCAAAUGCCAGUUUAUAAAUACAGCUGGCACUUCUUUAUGUGCCAGCUGCAUGACGAGAAUAAGAGAUGUAGUUACAAGCAGCUAUGCAGUUGUUUCUCUCCAGGUUUUCAUUCAUCUCCUGCCUAAAGGUGCCUAAUGGUUACUUGCAAUUAAAAGCAUUCCAACCCAGCUACGUGGCUGGGAGCAGGACGGGCAGUUGGUCGCUGAAUUACGGCCUCAUGCACAGCUCCUGCCUACUGUCAGGCACGCUGCACUCUCAGGCUUGUGGCCUCAGCUCUGCUCUGCUGACCCAAUGCCCAUCUGCAAGACUGGCCAAGAGGCUGCGUGUUUCUGCUCAGCACUGAGAGAUGCCAGGGACGCGGGUCAUUGCUUGGGAUGAAACAGCAGCUCUCUUUUUUUCAAUCUUUGCAAGAAAUGCCAAAAAACAGUUGAAAUGUUCUGUUGCCAGUGACUUGUGUUUAGACAAGCAGCAUUGAACUGUACAAAUGCGUGAGGUGCACUUCCAUAAUAGUUAUCAGUUUAAAACUGUUGAAUUGUAAACGAGAUGCCUCUAAGAGGGAACAACAAGUUGUCUUCUUCUGCAUGCUGACAUCAUUUUAAGUUUGCCAGGUCAGAAGGUGGCUGUCUGCUGGAUUAUUCACUUCUAAACUCCCAGACAAACAGGCAGCAUUACGGGAUUACAGAAUCCUCACCCCACAAAGCUGUCUGCGAGAUUUCCGCUGCCUGAUGUGCUUUGAGAUCAACCAUGAAGAAUGAGAACGGACCAAAGUUACUUCAUUUUCCUAGUCAAAAUUCAACUAUAUUAAACAUGAAGCAAUGUUCCAGGUGAGAUUUUUUAAAAGGAAUUUGUUCUACAAAGUUUAUAUUAUAUUUCUGUACCAAACAUUUAAUUCAACAAAGGAUUGAUUACAUCAAAACGGAUCAAAUUUG